AUGUCUCGGAAUUCGGGAGAACAAUGGAGUGAUGCUCCCCAAACUCCAAAGAGGCCCACAAAGCAUCACUUAUCUCCGCCUUCCACUACCGACGCAGAAAUGAGUGUUGUUCGUACUCCAGGAUCCGGACAAGGGGGUAGUAACUUUAAAAAGAAGUUCGCUAUGGGCCUAGCAUCUCUAUACGAUGAAGAUACAAGUACUGCAGACGAGCUCCAGUCUCCGAGUUUGAGAAAAGGGCAUAAGUCGAAAGUUCUGGGUGAUAUGGACGCCAAACUUGCAGGUCUGGAAAUAACAGGUGAUUCUGACAUUUCUGGUACUCAUACAAUGUCUGCAAUAACUCAAUCAGAAAAUUUCCGGUCGAACUCGGUUAUGCUAGCCUCCUUGAACAGCAAAGAAAUACCGAUCCCGGUCAGGCCUCAGGACAAUGCCUCAAAUGAUGUAGGGAAGACUGAUCAGAUUUCUGGAAAGUCGAGGGAAUUAGGGUCAUCCUCUCAAUAUAAUACUAUUGAUGAGAAAUGGAAGGGGGGAAUCAGCAUACUUAACUCCAACAUCCGAAAUGAGUGGAUUGGUACCAGUCAGUUUUACACGGAGCAUGCUAUUGUUGCACAAGUGAAUGGCGACUUGGAUAAACUAAUAGACUACCGCAAAGCAAUUCUACAUGAUUUAUCCCUCACUCCAUAUAAUCCUUCUCUCUACAUCGACUUGAGCCAGGUAGACAACAAACUUGGUUUCACAGAUGUUGGAGUAGGCAAUGCUUACAGAGCAUUGAUUCUUAUAGAAUCAGCUCUAGAUAUCACCAUUCACCCAUCUUUGCCGCAACUCCGAGCUCAAGUGCGAAGUAUACUCAACUCCAAGCUGGGAAUCUCGUCCCGACUCCUCAAUGACAAUCUCAAAGGUUUGAGGCUACAAGCAUACCGAGAGAUUUUGGAUGGGUUGAUGGGAUGUGGUGCAUUCUGGGACGGCCUAAGGGAAGCCAAGGUCGCCUUAGAGCUUUUCCCCGACGAUUCUGAAUUACUCGAACUGAGAGAUAAUCUAAAGGAUGUAUUCAAGGCCCGUCACUAUGGUCUCAAGGAGUUGGGCAACAAAGUGGCUGAUCUGGUGGCGGCAUCACGGACUGGAAAUAUCUACCAGAAGAAGUAUCCAUGGAUGGAUCAGGCGGUUUACUUCCGUACCCCUGCUCUCAUGAGGGAGGUUAACAAAACAUUGAAAAAUGGAAAUUGCGAGGUCAGGCCGGUCGUCUUUGGUCCACCGUCCGAAGUCCUAUCAAGGCCUGAGCCUGUCCAAGAAAAUCAAGAUGUCGGUCCACUCGGGGUAUUCGCAACCCGCGAUAUCCGAAAGGGAGAAAUUAUCUUGGUAGAUAAAACUCUUCUCGGCAUCUCAGAUAUCCCCUCAAGUCGCCUUUACAACUGCGACGCCUGUCAUGCCUGCCUACUACCCCCUUAUCGUGGGCCCGCUGAAAUCGUCCACCCAUCUUGCUGCAAAUCUGUUGCGUACUGCAGCCAGCACUGCCAUGAUACAGCAAUUAUGAGUUAUCACCCCGUUCUGUGCGGUAGAGAUAUGGAUUGGCUCUACGAGGAGACAGGUACCGGUAGCCGUCUUACGCAAGGAGCAGGCACACGUUGGCGCCCCAUACUCUUCCUACGCCUUGUGGCUAUUGUUAUAGCAGAUAUGCGGAAACCUUCCUCAAAUGGCCUUACACAUCCCCUCCAACACCACCUCAUUGCACGUAUGGCAGCUAACUAUGCACCGCACCAACAAAUGACACCAGACCUUCCCCACGAUUGGCAGUUUUUGGAAAAUGUCGUAAUGCCUGCGAAAAUCCUCCUUGAUCUUGGGGUUGACAUUUUCAAAACCAGGGACUGGGAUCAGGAAGUGGUGCAGACUGUGUACUGGCGGAUUGAGAACAAUGCCAAUAUGGGCGUUGCGAAUCUCUUCCCUGGAUCUUCUCCUCUUGAUCCCCCCUCCCAACCGGCCUCUUCGAAGAGCCCAAAACAUCAGAAGACCCAAUCUUUACCGACCAAUUUACCCUCCCCACACCAUCCUACGUCCGGCGAUUUUAUAGCCGAAGGUGGCUCAAUUAGGACCACAAGCCUUAACCCCACCUACCUCUUCUUCAAUCACUCUUGCCUUCCUAACACUUCUUGGCAUACCGCGCUUCCCGACCCAGAUGUUGGCAUGUCGCCGGUGACGGAUGAGGAUGGAGGCAUGCAGUUACCUGGAAAUAGCGCGGUUAGGUGUAUCGCGAAGAGGGAUGUUGUAAGGGGCGAGGAAUUGAAAAUUAGCUAUGUCGGGGACGCCUUGGGAGCGAAGUUUACGGGCGAGGAUGUGGCAGGUAACAAAGGGACCAUAGGGGGUGUUGCGUGGGAGGAAAUAGUUGAUGAUAAUCGGGAAACUGGCAGAGCGGCGAAGAGGGGCUGGUUGAAGAAGUGGUUCGAGGAUGGGUGUGGGUGUGAGGUGUGUGAGGCGGAAAACGAAAUCGAGAGGCGAGAGCGGGAGCAGAACGUUGAGCUUCAGACUGAGGCAGGGGAGAUGGAAAAUAUUAUCUGUGAAGGCAACGAAGGAUGA